AUGUUAACUGGAAUGUUAACAAUAUCUCCAGUGCCAGCUGUAGCCUUAUCUACAGAGUGUCCGCAGCCGCCAUCUCCUGAGGAUUCAGGCCUUUUGCAGGAUGGUGGCAGCUUGGGUGGCAGUAAAAGCAGCAGUGAAGGUAGCAGCCAGGGUGGCAGCAAGAGUGACAGUGAGGGUGGCAGCAAGGGUGACAGUGAGGGUUGCAGCAAGGGUGACAGUGAAGGUGGCAGGGAAGGUGACAGUGAAGGGGGCAGUGAAGGUGGCAGUGAAGGGGACAGUGAAGGGGUCAGUGAAAGGGGCAGUGAAGGGGGCAGUGAAGGUGGCAGUAAAGGUGACAGUGAAGGGGACAGUGAAGGUGACAGUGAAGGUGACAGUGAAGGUGGCAGUGAAGGUGGCAGUGAAGGCGGCAGUGAAGGGGGCGGUGAAGGUGGCAGCGAAGGUGGCAGUGAAGGGGACAGUGAAGGUGGCAGUGAAGGGGACAGUGAAGGUGGCAGUGAAGGCGGCAGUGAAGGCGGCGGUGAAGGUGGCGGCGAAGGCGGCAGUGAAGGGGACAGUGAAGGGGUCAGUGAAGGGGACAGUGAAGGGGGCAGUGAAGGGGACAGUGAAGGUGGCAGCGAAGGUGGCAGUGAAGGGGACAGUGAAGGGGUCAGUGAAGGGGUCAGUGAAGGUGGCAGUGAAGGUGGCAGUGAAGGUGGCAGUGUGGGCCGGCCGCCCUCUGCCGCGGAGCCCUCAGAGGCCGGAGUGCAUUUGGAAACAAUGCUCGAGAUCGCUUCCAACAGCGGGACAGGUUCAUGGCCCGAUACUUGA